CGAAAGCCCCAAUCCGACGCCACAAGAAGUCCUUCACCCCGCCACGACCGCGACCACGACUCCAAGCGGAAAAACGCACCCCCUUCGCCAAGCAAGAUGGACCAGGACGACUACGACGAAGACAUUGAGGUCCAAGGCCAAGGCGAUGACGACGACGGGCUCGCCGCCAUGCAGUCCAUGAUGGGCUUUGGCGGCUUCGGCACGACAAAGGGGAAAAAAGUGGCGGGCAAUAACGCCGGCGGUGUGCGAAAGGAGAAGAAGUCCGAGUAUCGGCAGUAUAUGAACAGACAGGGAGGUUUCAAUAGGCCAUUGAGUCCAUCGCGGUGAGAGAGAGAUGAAGCUUGCUGAAAGAAGACCUGGGCGUAUCCUCCUUUUCCCGCUUUCCUCUCUCUCUUUCAUUUUUUGUUUGUUUGACUGGUGUAACGAUAUCCAUCACGGCAUAGCACUCCAAGUUCUAUCAUUUUUCCAUACUUGACACCUCUCUUAGUAUAGAAUGGAGCAUUGAAAUUAUAUAAUUAAAGACAAAGGACAUGUUAAGCUUUCACUAUAAGGAAAAAUAAAUCUUAAUUAUACAACUAAACUACAAUCGGUACAACAAAAACCAAAAUGUAAAUUACCACACCUUGAUACCUGUUCAACAUCAGCGCUUGAACACAGCUAAAAGGCACACAUCUCAUGUAUCUUAUAUAUUCCCGCAGACAACGCAGCACAUCUCAAACAUUGAUCAACUCCAUUAAAGCUUCAAUCAUGCCAAGGAAAAAAAGGAGAGCAGCAAAGGGCGAGCGAGGAAAGAAGGAG